AGCAGAACGUCCCUGGAGAAGAUGCCCUUCUCACCCAUGUUGAUCUUCGUGGUCAUCUUUUUCCUGGAGACCUUGGCUGCGAUGUUGCAGAAUGGCUUCAUUGUUGCUGUGCUGGGCAGGGAGUGGGUGCGAUGCCGCACACUGCCUGCAUGUGACAUGAUUGUGGCCUGUCUAGCUGCCUCUAGGUUCUGCCUGCAUGGGAUGGCCCUCCUAAACAACCUCAUUGACUCCUUUAACUUUUGUUCCAAAGUUUACUAUUUCAACAUCCUCUGGAACUUUAUCAACAUUCUCACUUACUGGCUUACUGCCUGGCUUGCUGUCUUCUACUGUGUGAAGAUCUCAUCCUUCUCUCAUCCCAUCUUCUUCUGGCUGAAGUGGAGGAUUUCUCGGUCAGUGCCCAGGCUGCUGCUGGGCUCCCUGAUCAUCUCUGUUGUGACAGUCAUUCCAGCAGCAGCUAGCAAUGUAAUUCUUAUACAGAUGAUUGCCUCGCAGAGUUCCCAUGGAAACCACACUCUGGCUGAUAGAGCACAGACCUUCCAUAGGUACUUUUCUCUGUCUAAUUUAGUGCUUGUAUUGUUGAUUCCCUUCCUGCUGUUCCUGGUAUCCACUCUUUUGCUCAUAUUCUCACUGCACCAGCACUUGGGACAGAUGAGGGCCCACAGACCCGGCUCACGUGAUCCCAGCACCCAGGCUCACAUCAUGGCCUUGAAGUCACUUACCUUCUUUCUUGUGUUCUACGCAUCGUAUUUCCUGUCCCUGAUUAUUGCGUUUAUGAAAAUCACAGCCCUGCGGCGUCAGUGGCACUGGGCCUGGGAAGUGGUGACCUAUGCAGGCAUCUGUCUGCACUCCAGCAUCCUGGUGCUAAGCAGCCCUAAGCUGAGAAAUACCCUGAAGACAAAGCUUUGGAAAGCCCUGGACAAAAGGUGA